AUGGCAGCCAAGGCUUGUAGCCCCUCUGAAGGCGGCCUUCUGCCUUCGUCAGUACGCUUAGUCCGUGCUCACUUGAAUGACUCUGAUAAGCUAAGUAGAUCCUACCCCUGGGCCAGCAAAAGCAGGAAAGGUCAGCUCUCUGAACUCUGCCGGCUUAGAGCGUCUCUGUCUGGGGAGAAAUGGAGCUCUUACUGUUUGUCUUCACUGGCAGCUCAUAACAUUUGUACCAGCAAAACUGGCAACUCGUGGGCUCAGUGGGAUUCUGCCUCUCUCUCCACUUCCAUUGGAAGUUCUGCUUCUUGCUCCUUUUUGCAUGCCCUCGCUGCGGAGGAAUCCAGCCAGCACCUUCCAACAGCUGCACGCAAUCCAAACAAAGCCAUCUUCACUGUGGACGUCAACACAACGGAGAUCCUAGUGGCUAAUGACAAAGCCUGCAAGCUGCUUGGGUGCAGUAGUCAGGAACUCAUUGGUCAAAAGCUGUCCCGCUUGAUAUCCAAAUCCAGUCAAGAGGUAUGGGAAGCUGUGGGAGAAGAGUACAUAGAAACUGAUGAAUGUUCAUCGGUGUUUUCAGGAACUGUGGUGGAUGUUAUAGGCCGACUCAAAAAGAAGAUCCCUGUCUCGGUCUGGCUGAGGCGAAUAAAAAGCGAGGACAACCAGUGUUGUGUGGUUGUGCUGGAACCAGUGGAAAGACUUUCAGCUUCUGUUUCCUUCAGGGUUGACGGAGAGAUUACAUCAUGUGACCUCCUUUUUGCCCAUCUCCAUGGAUACCCAACAUUGGAAGAAGUAGUUGGGCUCCACAUAAAGGACCUGAUUCCUUCUGUGCAGAUCCCUCCUCUAGGCAAAAAAAUCCCAAAGAACCUCAGGAUCCAGCGAGCUGUGGGCCGAUCCAGAGAGGGUAACAUGUUUCCUCUCAGUUUAAAGCUGCAAGUAAGCCUUCUGGAGGAGGACGACCAGGUGGCAGUGCAGAAAGAUGGUGUUCUGCAGACAGAAAAAGAAGGCUCUUUCACAGGCUAUCAUUACGCUGCUACAGUUGUCGUUUUCUCCACCAUCAGUGGUCUUAUUACUGUCCAGUCAAAUGGAACCAUCUGUGGCAUCAAGGAUAGUUUUGCUUUAAUGCUCUUUGGCUAUGAAAAGAAAGAAUUGUUGGGAAAGAACAUUACGUUCCUGAUCCCCGAUUUCUAUAAUGACAUGGAGAGAAGCAGCAAUUGUUCUUUGCCAUUACCUCCUCUUGACGACUCCAUGGGCACAGAGAACAGCGUCUUCUUGGCUGCAUCUUUAGCAAGCCUUCUGUCAAGAGAUGAAGAGCUGAAGUUGGAAAGAGGAGACAAAGAUGACAAAUUAACACAUGAUGAGACUAAACCAAAGAACGGGAUCAGUUUAUUUUCUACUCCCUCACCUCCUGAAGUGGCAUCCACACCCUCAAACAGGCUAGAAGACAAUCUAGAUACCGCUUCCUGUGGCCCAAUUAAACCCCCUUCUGAUGUUACCUGUAACUCACCUGGAACACCAACAGUAGAUGAGCCAUGGUCUGGGACAACACCGGACUGCAGGCAAGACUUUCAAAGCCCCGUUGUUACAGGACGGUUGUCAAAACCAGACUUGAUGGGUGAUGCAAAACCUUCCAGUCUUGAGCACAAUGACAUUGAAAACUACCUGUUAAAUGAUGCUUCAUCCUUCUUUGCAAAUGGAAAAAAUACUAUUUGUGGUGUUUGCUCAGGAAAUGAAUUAGGUUGCAGUGCUUCUGUACCAGGAGUUGCCACAACCUCUGAAGAUGUUAAAGAAUCAGACACUGAGCUGAAGUCUAUUUGCUCUGGUCUUGAGGGACUGGGUCUGAAUAUCGGUGUCAUGGGGAACUCGGACAAUUGUUUAGGUAUUGCUUCAGCUCUUGUAGGAGCAUUCUCCUCUAAUGAAGCGGACUUGGCUGUAGGCAAUAUGCUAACUCAGAAAAACAGUGCUUUUUCAACUGGGCGAGAAAAGCAGCUGUUGAAUGGUAUUGCCAUAGAAGAAGGUUCUGGGUGGCUGGCCUCCCGAAGGCAUUUAGAAAACUCAGAAGAAUCCUCCAAAGCAUUUCUUGAGAAGCCUGAAACUCUUGCAGAGACUGUGGGGGAAAACGUCACCAGAAGCCCACUGAACAGCAAAGGUAGUCCUGAAGAAGACUGUCAGUUGCAUGGGCAGCCAAAUAUGGAGAUAAAAGUAACGUCGACCCCAGUGAAACAAGAAGGAAGGCUGAAUCCAGCAGCUCCUUUGUCCUUGGAGAUUCUGGAAGGCAGCUACACUGGGAAUUGCUGUCACAGAGAUGGUUCACAACUAAGUAUACUGUUUGAAGUGAAACAUGUAGAACUGCAGGACGCUGCUAUACUUUUCUGCAUCUGGGUGGUGAAAGACCUUCUACAGAGCCAGAAGGAAGCUGUAGCAAAGACUCAGCUUUUGCUCUCCAGUCUAGCAAGCUCUGCCCAGUCUAUUGCAGAUCUUUCUCCAUCUAGUCUUGGAGAAGCCAUCAGAUCAACUUCACUUUUUGAGAAUUCCCGAAGAGCUGAAGAGCUUGAAGGAUUAAGGGCAUGUGAAGGAGAAUAUGCAAAAAAUUACAACACUCUCAGUCUUAUUGGCAAAGGAUCUUUCGGCUUUGUCUGGACUGCCAGGGGCAAGAAAGACCACCAGGAGGUUGUUGUAAAGUUCAUCUGGAAAGAGAGGGUGCUUGAGGACUGCUGGGUAGAUGAUCCUGAUCUGGGGAGAGUUACUCAAGAAAUUGCAAUCCUGUUGAAGCUGCAGCACCCCAGUAUCAUUAAGGUACUGGAUGUAUUUGAAAAUGAACACUUCUUCCAGCUGGUGAUGGAGAAGCAUGGAUCUGGUCUGGAUCUCUUUACAUUCAUUGAUAAUCAGCCCAACUUGGAUGAGCCAUUAGCGAGCUAUAUAUUCAGACAGCUUGUAUCAGCUGUUGGGUAUCUCCACUGUAGAAACAUCCUUCACAGAGAUAUCAAGGAUGAAAACAUUGUCAUUGCUGAAGAUUUCACAAUUAAAUUAGUGGACUUUGGUUCAGCUGCCUACCUGGAACCCGGCAAAUUGUUUUAUACCUUCUGUGGGACAAUUGAAUACUGCUCACCAGAAGUGCUGUCUGGCAAACCGUACCAUGGCCCUGAGCUGGAGAUGUGGUCACUUGGUGUCACCCUUUACACCCUAGUAUUUGGAGAGAAUCCCUUCUGUGAGCUGGAAGAGGCCAUGGCAGCUCUCCUGAACCCGCCUCGGCCUGUGUCAAAAGGUCUCAUGGAUCUAAUUGCUGGGCUUUUGCACCCUGUUCCAGAGCAGCGCACGACUCUAGCGACGUUAGUAAAGGAUUGUUGGCUGAAGCAGCCUGUGAACCUGGGUGAUUAUUCCUGGGAAGAGGUAUACAUCUCUGCUGAGACAG